UUGGCUCCGCCCCCUCCUCAGCUCAGUCAGUCUAGUCUGGUCUCCGGCAGAAACUUGGGAGGAGAGGAAGGGGACGGGUUGGCCGUGCCAUGCGGGGAUGCGGAGCCACGACUCGGCGCAGCAUCGGCACCAGCCCCCGCAGGAGCAGCACCCCCGUGAGGCCGGGCUCCAGGGCGGUGGGGCGUCCGGCUGACAGGAUGCGGCGGGCGCCGGGCAGGAGGCAUGGCAUCGGCGGCGGCGGUGGCGGCGGCGCCCUCUCCCGCGGGGCCCGGCUCGGCUCCCCCGGGGGGCCCUAAGCCGCCCCCGGCCCCCCGCCGCGGGAGGCGCCUCCUCUGCAUGUGCAGCCUCUCGCUCUGCCUGACCUACGCCGCCUACAGCCUCAUGGGGGGGCCGCCCCUGGCCCGCGCCCCCCCGCCCCCCACGCCCCGCGGGACGCGCCCCGCCCCCUCCCCCGAGACCCCGCCCCCCGCCGGCACCCCCUCCCCUUCCCCCUCGCCCUCGCCCUCGCCCUCCCCCUCCCCGGAGCCCGGCGAGCAGCGCCUCCCGCAAGCCGUGAUCGUGGGGGUCAAGAAAGGCGGGACCCGCGCCCUCCUCGAGGCCCUGCGCGCCCACCCCGCCGUCCGCGCCGUCGGCACCGAGCCCCACUUCUUCGACCGCAACUACCACCGGGGCCUCCAGUGGUACAGGGACCUGAUGCCCAGGACGGUGGAGGGACAGCUGACCAUGGAGAAGACCCCCAGCUACUUUGUCACCAGUGAGGCCCCCCAGCGCAUCCACGCCAUGGCCAAGGACACCAAGCUGGUGGUGGUGGUGCGGGACCCGGUCACGCGAGCCAUCUCGGACUACACGCAGACCCUCUCCAAGAAGCCCGAGAUCCCCACCUUUGAGGUGCUGGCCUUCAAGAACCGGACCCUGGGCCUCAUCGACGCCUCCUGGAGCGCCAUCCGCAUCGGGAUCUACGCCCUGCACCUGGAGAGCUGGCUCCAGUACUUCCCGCUCUCCCAGAUCCACUUUGUCAGCGGCGAGCAGCUGAUCUCCGAUCCCGCCGGGGAGAUGGCCAAGGUGCAGGACUUCCUGGGCCUGCGGCGCGUGAUCACCCAGGCCUACUUCCACUUCAACAGCACCAAGGGCUUCCCCUGCCUCCGGCGGCCCGAGGACGGCGCCUCCGCCCCGCGCUGCCUGGGCAAGUCCAAGGGCCGGACCCACCCCAAGAUCGACCCCGAGGUCAUCCGGCGCCUACGCAAGUUCUACAAGCCCUUCAACGUCAUGUUCUACCAAAUGACUGGCCAAGAUUUCCAGUGGGAGCAGGAAGAUGGCGAGAAGUGAGGACUCCUCUCCGGAGGGAAUCCCCAAAGAAGGAGGGGAAGGGGCCCUGCCUCCUGACCUGGGAUCCAGGACCACGAUGCUUCUGCCGCCACGAUGGGGGGAUUGUUUUCUUGAGGGACCGAAGGACGCUCACCCUUGACCCCCUGCCUGCCUCCUUCCUUGGACCGUGGAGCCGGGCAGCAAAGCCAAGGGAAGGAUGAGAAGAGGAGGAAGAGGAAGCAAGGCCCUUUGAGGCUGUGACCCACUCCACGCUGCUGUUGGUGGAGCAAGAGAGAGGAAGAAGAGCCAAGCCAUUUCACCCAUCCUGCUGCUGCACCAUAUUUUCAGAGGUUUAUUUUUGAUACGGGUUGAAUUCUGGGCAAGGGAAGCAAGGCUCUGGAAACCAAAGGGGACGUGUUCCCGGUCCGUCCGGAGAGAGACCAAGCAGCUCCCCCAUCGCAAGACCCGGGGAACAUGGGAUGCAUCGACCCCCCCCCCCCCACGACCCACAUUUCUGACCCCCUCCCAUGGCGCCCCACUUGCUGCUUUUGUGCCCCAAGGACCCCCGUCGUCGUCGUCGGUCUUUGGAGGAAGUCGUCAUCGUCUCGGAAAGCGUUCGGCUAGAUUUUCUUUUGCGCCUCCCCUCUCUUUAAAUGUCAGCACUCUCAGCACGCAGGAGAUUGAAUUUUUAUAUUUGAUUUCAAUUAGCAAAGCAUAAAUUAUAUUUAAUUUUCUACACACAGAGACCGGAUGAGUCAUUGUCCUGGAAAGCCAGGGAUAUUAUUAUUAUUGUUGUUCAGAGACUGACAACGGGAAGGAGUUCUGGGGCUUCGGGAGGGGAAAGCGGGGCUCCAUCCGCACCCGGAUCCAGAGGGAGAGGCGGCGGAAGCGCAGGCCGAGGAGCCAAACCGCACAGAAACAAUAAAAACCUCCUAACAGCA